AUGAAGUCAAAAGCAUUAUAUUUCAAUAAUGGAUCAAGUAGAUCAAACUCAAACUCGAGUUUGAGUUUGAAUACUCUAGAAUUGAAAAAUAAAUGUCAUAACCAACAAAUCAUCAUUGACAUUCAAAACAAUGUCAUCAAUGAUUGGAAAGAUAAGUUUUCUAAACAAAACAUUCAAUUGUUUGAUUUGAAAGAUCAUUUAACUAAUAUUAAUAAACAAUUGAAUCAAUUGAAAACCGAUUGGGUGAAUGAACAUCUUACCCAUAGAAAUGAAGUAUAUCACACACAGUACAAAAAGAAACGUGACGCCUCGCUUUUAAAAUUCCAAGAUUAUUAUACUGAAGAUAGUUGUGUUAGUUCUUCCGAGAAUGACCCGACAAAUAGUUUGAUAGAUUCGUUAGAUGAAAGUAAUGAAAAUUCCAUCCAACAGACAAAUGAAUUGUUUAUAAACGAUUUAUUUGAUGGGUUGAGUCUUGAGGAAAAAAAAUAUCAAACCACACCUCUUCAAGAUAAUAACAAUUGGCUUUCUCAAGAAUGGCAAAAAUUUAAUGAUAUAUCUUGGUUGGGACCUCUUUACAAAUUGAAAAAAAAAAUAAUAAUCACCAAGUGA